GCUUAUAAGAUAUGUAUAUUUUGUCGUUUUGUGCACAAUAUAAUAUAAGAUCCUGAUCCACUGUCCCAGUUAAUUAUCAGAUUAGAUUUCAAUAUUGUUAUGUUAUGUUUUGCCGGUUCGACAUUUCGACAACAAAUGUGUAGUGUGUACAGUACCAAAAUCAUCUUCAAUAUUUCCUCGUUCCGUGAUAAUAUUCUUAAGAUAUAGUUAUAUAUUUAUUAUCAUUUUUAAUAAGAGUUAAUAAUUAAGUCGUUGCAGACAUCUAACGAAUAAUGAUAGUUUAACCAUCCACGAAAUAUUUAACACAUUAUUACCUAAUUAACUGAUUUUUUUGUUAAUAUAUUAUUUAUAUCAAGUAUUGCCCUAUAGGUUAUUAUUCAAAGCAUUAUGGUAAAAAUUGCAUUACAAAUCAAAGCAAAUUUAGAAAAUGUGACUGAACUUACACCCGACGGUGAAGAUUUUCGAUGGUAUUUAAAAUUUCGAUGUACAAAUUGUGGCGAAGAAUCUGACAAAUGGAUUUACUUAUCUCAAGAUGUAACUGUUCCAAUGAAAGGAAGUAGAGGUCAAGCAAAUUUUGUCACCAAAUGCAAAAUGUGUUCAAGAGACAGUUCAUUAGAUAUUUUACCAGAUAGUAUUUCAAAGUAUACAAUAGAUGAUUCAAAUAAAUUUAAAAGUAUCGUCGCAUUUGAUUGUCGUGGCUUAUCAAUUAUUGACUUUUCACCUAGAAAUGGGUUUAAGUGUAUUGGAAUUGAAACCAACACUAAAUUUGAAGACAUUAACUUAGAAGAAAAAGAAUGGGUUGAUUAUGAUGAAAGACAAAACCAGCCUGUUGGGAUUUAUGAUGUCCAACAUCAGUUUGUAAUCAUCAAAUAAAUGUUUUCUUGACAUAAAACAUAAUUUUAAUAUAGAUUCAACAUUAAUCUAAUUGUGUUAAAAACUAAGUCAUUUGAUCCAUUUAUUUAAUGUCUAAUAAAAUACAGGAACAUAAAAAAUAA